GGUUGCUUUGUCUUGACCUGUAAACACUGCUCUCUAAAUAAAUGACUGCAACAUCAAACAGCACAUUCUCAAUAAAGAAUCCUGCUGAAGAUGCACUCGAGUCUCCUGGUCUAAGAAGAAGUGUCUGAUUUAGUGCACACAGCACUGUUAAAACAGUCUAUUAAUGUGUCAGUAUGGGGUCCAGUGCACUGCCUCUCAUACUCUUGCUGAUGUCCUUCAUCCAGUCUGGAUUCACUCAAGUGAAACCUGUAGUUCAUGUUCAUCCUGAUAAAAAUGUGUUCAGAGGAGAGAAAGUCACUCUCACAUGUGACAUACAGCAGACAGGAGACUGGCAGUACAACUGGUAUAAAGACGGAAAUAUUAACAGUGCAGGAGACCAGAACUAUGUAAUCUCAUCUGUGGAUUGGUCUCAUAGUGGUGUGUACAGAUGUGAUGGAUCUCAGUCAGAAGCUCCACAUCAGUCAGAAGCUCCACAUUACUCAGAGUUCAGUGAUGAAGUUACACUGACAGUAUCAGAUAAACUGCAGCCGACUCUGACUGUAAAUCCUCAGAGUUCAGUGUUCACUGGAGACACAGUUACUCUGAGCUGUGAUGUGGGACAGUCAACUGGAUGGACAAUUCACUGGAGGAAAGACUCAAACCCUGAAUCCACUGAUGCAGCAACUAAAACAAUGGAGUCUGUGAGUGUCUCUGAUGGAGGAAGAUACCAGUGCAGAGCACAACGAGGAGAAUAUUACAGCGAGUUCAGCAAUACAGCUGAGAUUACAGUAAAAGAUUUACCCACAUCUACACUGACUGUGACACCAGACAGUCCUGUAUUCACUGGAGAGACAGUCAAUCUGAAGUGUGAGAUAAAGCCUGAUCACAGUAACUGGAGAUAUGAGUGGUAUAAAGGCAGCACUAAAGUGUCUGAGCAUCACACUGUAAACAGAGACACUUUCACUAUCAGAGGAGUUAAAAAGUCUGAUGCGGGUCAGUACACGUGUAAAGGACAGAGAGAUGGAAAACCAAACUCAUCACAAUCAAGCUCUGCUGUUUCUCUCUCUGUGACGGAUUUACCCACAUCUACACUGACUGUGACACCAGACAGUCCUGUAUUCACUGGAGAGACAGUCAAUCUGAAGUGUGAGAUAAAGUCUGAUCACAGUAAUUGGAGAUAUGAGUGGUAUAAAGGCAACAGAGACAAUCCAGUGUUACAGACGUCUGAUCAUUACACUGUAAAUGGAGACACUCUCAGUAUUGUAAAAGCUAUUUCAACUGAUGCGGGUCAGUACUGGUGUAAAGGACAGAGAGAUGGAAGACCACAAUCAUCACAUUUCAGCUCUGCUGUUGAUCUCACUGUGAAGGAUUUACCCACAUCUACACUGACUGUGACACCAGACAGUCCUGUAUUCACUGGAGAGACAGUCAAUCUGAAGUGUGUGAUUGAGUCUCACAGUAACUGGAGAUAUGAGUGGUAUAAAGGCACAGACAGUGUAAUGUUACAGAUGUCUGAUCAUUACACUGUAAACAAAAACACUCUCACUAUCAGAGGAGCUACUGAGUCUGAUCAGGAUCAGUACUGGUGUAGAGGACAGAGAGAUGAAAGACCAAAAUCAUCACAAUCAAGCUCUAAAGUUUCUCUCAGUGUAACGGAGAGACCAAAACCUGUAGUGAAGGUGACGCCAGAUCAGCGUGUGUUCAGAGGAGAGACAGUCACUCUCACAUGUGACAUACAGGGAGGAGGAAACAUUCAGUGGACAUACAGCUGGUUUAAAGAUGGUUCAGUCAUCAGACACGUCACUGAGAGAGUCUACACCAUCACAUCUGUGUCUGAUAGUGGUGAAUACAGCUGUAGAGGAGAGAGAUCAGACUCACAGAGAUCAGACAUCAGUGCUGCUGUUACACUGACUGUAUCAGAUUUACCCACAUCUACACUGACUGUGACACCAGACAGUCCUGUAUUCACUGGAGAGACAGUCAAUCUGAAGUGUAAGAUAAAGCCUGAUCACAGUGACUGGAGAUAUGAGUGGUAUAAAGGCAGCACUAAAGUGUCUGAGCAUCACACUGUAAACAGAGACACUUUCACUAUCAGAGGAGUUAAAAAGUCUGAUGCGGGUCAGUACACGUGUAAAGGACAGAGAGAUGGAAAACCAAACUCAUCACAAUCAAGCCUCUGCUGUUUCUCUCUCUGUGACGGAGAGACCAAAACCUGUAGUGAAGGUGACGCCAGAUCAGCGUGUGUUCAGAGGAGAGACAGUCACUCUCACAUGUGACAUACAGGGAGGAGGAAACAUUCAGUGGACAUACAGCUGGUUUAAAGAUGGUUCAGUCAUCAGACACGUCACUGAGAGAGUCUACACCAUCACAUCUGUGUCUGAUAGUGGUGAAUACAGCUGUAGAGGAGAGAGAUCAGACUC